AUGACUUGCUUCCCACAAAGUCUGGGAUGUAUCGUUCGGCGUUUGUACACUGUUUUGGUGGAUCAGAAAAAGCUGAGCCAUGAACAGGCAACAUUGACUUGUACAGAUUUGAUUUUCACUUAUCUUAUUUGCCCGGCUAUUGCAAAUCCUGAAACGCUUGGUGUGAUAUCCGAUACACCAGUAACCUAUAUUGCGCGAUGUUUUAUCAUGAAAUCGAUGCCUCGUGUUGUGCAGUGUGUUCUUACGUCGCACGGUGAUUCGGUGGACAGUCUGUUUGCCGUGAGCACGGAAUCACCACCACAAAUAGCUGCAGUUCGUACGUCAACAACGGGUCGCCGAAGCGAUGAACAACAGCACAAAGCAUUGAAUGCAAUUCUUCGGCGACUGCCUGUGCGAGUUGUCCGUAGUGAAGUGGCAGGCCUUACUGCGACCAUCGAUCGUACUGCUGAGAAAAAUCAGGCAAAAGAACGAAAUAUAGUCCGUUCGGCAACUGAAAUAGCACAAAGCGGCGAUUACAAAGUUUUGCGAUCGAAACAGUUCAAAAGCGCAGAUUCGCCUGAAACACAUACGUCUCUUGCGAUCAGUUCUGAGGUACUUGUAUUUCCGCUUGGUGAAAAUCGAGUACCGCUAGGCAUGUGCCCGGAGGAGAAAUUCAUGGAAUCAGUGCGACAUCCACAGCGAUUGCGCAAACAUAAAAUAUCGGAUGGUUCAGCCGAAAAGAGAACGCGUUUUAUGGAUACAGAAAGCAUCGGAAACGCUGAUGGAAUAGACGAUGAUGUGGAGGAUGUUUCAACUUUGCCGGAUAACUUCAGCGAUGUGGUUCCGAUCAGUGCCAAUGUUUCGGGUCGUGGUUCACCGAGUGUCAGCGAUGCAGCUUCAACCAAUCAUGGUGGUUCACGUUCGGCACACUCUGGUGCCCCUAUAGGUAUCAAAUCUUAA